AUGGCCCAUGGGAGGCGCCGCGGUCUCCGCUCCCUUUCCCUGGCCGUCGUGGUCUAUCGCGAGGACGCGCAGACGAGACAGUCCCCCGCCGAUGGGGGCGGCUGGACGCUGAUCUGGCAAGCGGCCGCCGACACGUUCCGGACGGCGCUGGCGGCGGUCGCAGCGAGUGGGAUCGCGGUGCAGCGCCUCGACGUCUACAACAGUGUAGAGCGGUGUAGCCUGGCGUGCAAUGUACCCAGUUCCGUGAACUUUGAAUUCAACGCGCUAGCCACGUCCCUCGCGUCGCUGAAAACACUCGCCGUGAGCUUCUCGGAUCGGAUUAUCAAUCCACGGACAGAGGAUUUCGGCCUGACGGGCGACUCAGCGGACGAGUGGGACGAGCGUUGGGAAGAUAAGUUGAGGGAAACUGAGGAUAUAGAGCAGGAGGUGUAUCAAGAUUCAACGUUUAGUGGUCUUCCCGCCUUGAUAAAACGUUGCCGGGGACUCGAGAGUCUCGAACUCCAUCAUUAUCAACUUCAGGAUCUGAUCGUCUCGGAACUCAACCGGUACCGUGAACGGUUCUUCCCAUCCAUAGCUGAGAUGGAUCCGCUACCUCCGUUGAAGCGCCUCGUCCUCCGCGGAUUACGGGUGAGAUCAGCAGAUAUACUCGCCUUUCUACAAAGGCUACAGCCAACGCUGAGAGAGCUCUCGCUACGGAAUCUGAUUCUCCUCGACGGGGCAAAGUACGAGACCAUCUUCGGUUACUGCACGUCGGAGGAGGCGGCCUUGGAGCGGUUGUACUUGGACCAUUUGCUGGAGCCGGUAGUGACUGCCAGUGGCGCGUACAGCUGCCGCCGACUGGUCUAUUUUACCGGGGAACCGAACCAGGAGCCUAAGCUCCGGCGCAAGGAUCUCCCACGCCGCGGUAGUAACACGGUAGAAAGGAUCGGUGCAGCACAGACCAGGCAGCCGAUUCCGUACUUCUCAGUCUCGGUCCCGUUGAGAGAAAGGGGCAGUAGGCCUGCCUUUUCCCCGAACGUCAGGGCUCCCUAUUCUCUGUGUCUUUAUGGGCCGCAUGAUUAUGGACCCCCAUGA